GCCGGGGCCGCGGUUGGAGCUGGUGGUGGCAGUGCCCUGCGCGCCUCGGGGUGGGCAGCCCGGCUGGGAACCUCUUCGCCCCGCACCCAGCGACCGCGCCGGGCUUCCCCCCCUCCCCGCUGUCCCCAAGAUGCUGUUUUGGCACACGCAGCCGGAGCACUACAACCAGCACUCGACCGGCAGCUACCUGCGAGAUGUCCUUGCGCUGCCGAUCUUCAAGCAGGAGGAACCACAGCUGUCUCCCGAGAAUGAAGCCAAACUGCCUCCGUUUCAGUACGUCCUCUGCACAGCCACAUCCCCUGCUGUGAAGCUGCACGAAGAAACCCUGACCUACCUCAACCAAGGUCAGUCUUAUGAAAUCCGUCUACUUGAGAAUAGGAAAUUGGGAGAGUUUCAAGAUUUAAACACAAAAUAUGUGAAGAGUAUAAUUCGUGUAGUUUUCCAUGACCGACGCCUGCAAUACACGGAGCAUCAGCAGCUGGAGGGCUGGAGGUGGAGUCGGCCUGGGGACCGCAUCCUAGAUAUAGAUAUUCCGCUGUCAGUUGGAAUCUUGGAUCCCAGGGCCAGCCCCACACAGUUGAACACCGUUGAAUUUCUGUGGGAUCCAUCAAAGAGAGCCUCAGCAUUCAUUCAGGUGCAUUGUAUCAGCACAGAAUUUACUCCACGAAAACAUGGAGGAGAGAAAGGGGUUCCCUUCCGGGUGCAAAUUGACACCUUUAAGCAGAAUGAAAAUGGUGAAUACACAGAACACUUGCAUUCUGCCAGCUGCCAGAUCAAGGUGUUCAAGCCUAAAGGAGCAGACAGAAAACAGAAGACUGACAGGGAAAAAAUGGAGAAGAAGACCACCCAAGAGAAGGAGAAGUAUCAGCCUUCCUAUGAGACAACUAUUCUCACAGAGUGCUCUCCCUGGCCAGAUCUGCCUUAUCAAAUGAACAAUGCUCCAUCUCCAAGCUACAACAGUUCUCCAAACAGUUUCAACCUUGGAGAUGGCAACAGUUCUCCAACCCACCAAGUGGAGCUCCUGCCUCCCAGCAAUGAUCAUCUCCUUCCUUCUGCUUCUAUUCAAGAUGCCCAGCAGUGGCUUCAUCGUAAUAGGUUCUCUCCAUUCUGUAGACUCUUCUCAAGUUUUUCGGGUGCUGACUUACUGAAGAUGUCCAAAGAAGAUUUUGUUCAAAUCUGUGGACCUGCUGAUGGAAUUCGGCUCUUCAAUGCAAUCAAAGGAAGAAAUGUAAGGCCCAAGAUGACAAUUUAUGUCUGUCAAGAACCAGAGCAAAACAGAUCCCAUCUCCACCAAAAACGAGAGGCUGGAGAUGGCAGUCUUUGUGUAUAUCAUGCAAUCUUCUUGGAAGAGUUGACCACCUUGGAAUUAAUGGAGAAGAUUGCAAACUUGUACAGCAUUUCUCCACAGCAGAUAAAUCGAAUCUAUCGUCAGGGACCCACAGGGAUCCAUGUAUUAGUGAGCAAUGAGAUGGUGCAAAACUUCCAGGAUGAAUCUUGUUUUGUUAUCAGCACAUUGAAAGCUGAAAGCAAUGAUGGCUACCACAUCAUUUUAAAAUGACCCUGCUGCACAGAAAGACUUUGACAGCCUAAAAUUUAGUGCCUCACUGAGAUUGCUACAACCUAGACUGGAAACAUGAAGAACCUUCUGGAUAAAACGCUCCUAUGAACUAAGAAUACCAAACAGCUUAAGGAAAAACUUGCUUUUACAGAUAUACUUUUUUUCUUUUUUUUUCUUUUUUUUGAAUCUGAAGUUGAGAACACUCUCAAAGCUUGUACAUGUUUCUUCCUCCCUCCCUUCCUCUCCAGUCUUAAAAACUGAGGUUUCUGCAUAUUGCUUAGAAACAUCUGCCUUGUACUAAAGGGAAAUGAAAGAUAAACAAGAACCAAUUCUCUAGACCCCUCAUGGUUGGGCAAAUUGAUUUAUUCACAGUUCUGAAUGUGGUUUGGUGCGUUUUUUUUCUUUUGGCUUUUACCACACACUCCAUUGGUGAUGGACUUAUGCUCCCUGGCGAUCCUCUUUUACUCUUUGAGGUGGAAGGCUCGGGGCUUAAUCCUGCAUCAGACUGAGCAAUGCAGAGAAUAGAUUUGAUGCCCAGUCCCCACUCAGAGCGUCAAUCGUGGAAGCUUGUAAUUAGCUGCUUUCCACCUGUAGAUAUGCUUAAAGUAACACCCAUCCAACAGAACAAUUUUGCAGGGUUCGAGGGGGAACGUACAACCUGAGGCAAGCAGUUCAGUACUGUAUUCUAUCUUUAGCUUAAAGAAGUCUCCUUGAAUUGAGCGUAUGAGGAUUUUCCAAGGAAAUGUUUUGAAUAUUGAAAGCUACAGAGCUGUUGACAAAUUCAUACCAUGGGUUUAUUCCACUCUACAAAGCGUUAACUAACUGUUAUAACUUAACUGUAACUGGGAAUUAGAUUUUUUGAUCCUUGUGACUAGUUAGGAGGAGGAAAUUAUUACAGUAAGUAAGUGUUUAGAUUGAGCCUGGGUGAUGGAUCAUCUUAGUUGCUGCUUCUUGUAUUCUUGUUUUUUCACUCUUGACUCCUGUUUCAAAUAUUCUCAACUAUGGUCAACCCCACCCUCUUUUGGUCUUUUGGGAAACCAUCCAGUCUCCAUGUAGCUAAAAAAAGUGGCUUCCACUGAUGUCCAAAGGCAAACUGAAUCACACCCUUCUUGCAUGGAGGGAGUCAUUUUGUUUUUGGCAGGUAAUUAAUAAGGCUGUCUCCCAAACCAAAUGGCCAUCUAGCAUCAAAUUGUUCUACUUGAAUGUUUAAUUUUACCUGGGUUGAAAGCUGAAAUACCAAAAGUUUUCCUGGAAUGGAUUUUUUUUUUUUAAAUGAGAAAUAAUCAGUUGGAAAGCGCUAAAUAAAAUGGUCUAGCGUUUUGAAAUGGAAAUAUUUAAUUAAAUCCAUUUGACCCUCAGUGCAGCAUCAGUUUCAGCUACUGUUGCAGACCUCAGAAAUUACCAUUCAAGUGCCUUGAGCACCAUGUCUCCCCUGGGGCUGAGCUCUUUGGCUGGAUGUCAGAUCCCAUGAUGUGCUUACUGUGGGUUCAUCAAAGGGAGAAUGCGUCACGAAGGCUGGAGGGGUGCCCGGGAGCUCAGCCUUCUGGGAAAGAAGGGGAUGUGCAGCCUGUGAAUUACAGCUCCCAGCUGACACCGGAGGAAUUCGGACAGACAUGGACGGAUAUUUUUUUCUGACAGAAAUGAUGCGUUUCAAAUUUCCCCUACAGAAAUAAAGAGCAAAAUACUGAGAAAAGCAACAGUUUUUUCAUUAAAAGCAUCAAGUUUUGUGCAAAAACAACCACCCAUCCCCACCAGUUUCUUUACACCAAAAAUAAUACUAGAAUAGAAAAACUUUGUUACAAUGGGAAAACCUUCAGCCAACUUGUCUAAUUGCAUACUUAGGCACGAUCUUGCACAACUGGCUGUCCCAGAUGCUCCAUGAAUUGUAGCAUUUAUCCAAAGCCACUUUCAGGCUUUGGGACAUGGCAAUUCCACCCCUUGAAGUAAGUGAAGGAACUUGAGGCUGCUUUGUUAAGGACCAGGUGGUGUAGGUGAGAAAGUUGCAAGUGGUCUCAUGGAGUGAGGUGUGGCCAAACAGUGGCUGGGGGAGUCUUUGGGGGAAGAAAUGCCCUUCUGGAAGAUGGGAAACGUCAACUUUCUGAGAGAGCUGAGGCCACUUGAAACUUGACCCUUAUGUUGAAGUGAACUGCAGCUGGAGGGGAGCCCAUGUGUGACCAAAACCUUUAUUUCUGGUAAAACACUGGAACAGGCUUCCUAGAGAGGUGGUUGUUUCCCUAUGCCUAACACUGGACAUUCGGACAAUGCCCUCAAUCACAUGCUUUAACAUUUGCUUAGUCUGCAGUGGUCAGGCAGUUGGGCUAGGUGAUCUUUGAAGGUCCCUUCCUUCCAAGUGAACUAUUCUAUUCCUUUCUGUCUUCGCACCCAGAUCGAGCAGUUCUUGCUGGCCUUUGUGUCAUUUAAGUAGGUAGGAGCUUUGUCCCAAGGCGAGCCACAGUGGAAGGCGGACCCCUUCCCUGCAGCUACCUUCUCAGCUCAAAACUCCCCAGAAGAGGGAGAGCAAUUUCAUUUCUUCCAGUGUGCGCUUGCUUCCAAGUGAUGUAGGCACUACAGAGCUACAUCUGUCUUUCUUUCGUCUAUCCCUUUUGUGUCACUGCACUGAGGAAAGUUAAGUACAUAAAUGAUAGAAGUUGUUCUUAUUGACCUGGACUGAAUAAUGUAGAUGUUCCUUACUCUGCCUGCAAGGCAUACGUGUCACCUCCUGGCACUGCAGCCUGCUCUGCAUGCCACUAUGUACGUGCCAUUGUGUACCAGGGCUGUUACCUCGUUUCUUUUAUGGAAGAUGCUCCGGAAAAUUGGCUGUGUGUUUUCAUGCUCUUUUGUAAUAUUGGCCCAGUACUGUAUAUCUGCGUAGCUGCUCGUCUGUACAACUCAGAGAGGUGAAUCCGACCUGAUGAGAGCAAUAUAAAAGGCGCAUCGGAGUUGGUAGGAAGAGUGUAGUCAGUAGCUGAUUCACUUACACGUGAUGGCCCUGAAAUUCCAGGGACACGGCAAUACUGAAAGACAGCAGAGCAAAGGAAGGGCAGAGACAGCGUUUCUCUCAAGGUUAGGAACUAAGGACUGUUUGCUUAUUCUUGAAAAAUAUAACUUGUUCUUGGUUAUUUUAGAAACAAGUCUUACCUAUAAGGAAGUAUAUGCGGAAGUCCUAAUGCUAUUUCAGUAGCACUUGCUUGAUUGAUUUUGAACACGAAUAACUCUGUUAGGGCUUUGUUAUAUUUAGAUUUUUAAAAUCAAAUAAUUUUAUACUGAUAUAAGGAUGACUAUAUCUUGUUCUCCUUUCCACACUGUAAGAAGGUAUUCCAGAGUAAACAAUUACAUAGAAUAUGAAUACUGUCCUACUAGGUGGGCUCUACUGUUUUUAUCUGUUAGCUUGUUUGUUAAGCUUGUAACUGAUGUGUAUGUAAGGCUUAUGCUUACUUGACAGAAUUGAACCUAGUCCUUGUUGAACCUUUGUCCCAACAGAAACUUGGAGGCUUAUGUUCCAGUAGCAUAAAGAUCUAGACACCAGCUAGCUCAGUGUUUAAAAGAAUGACAAGAUUGCAUCUUUGGGUGUUAGGAAAACCUCAUCAAGAAUAAAAGAAGCACAAAUAAUCUGAGCUAGAUGUCUAAAUUCUACAUAGGAUAAAGGCAUGGGAGAGAAGUAGCUUUCCCCAUGUAAACAUCCUAGAGAGAUUUUGCAUUUACACUGCUCUUAAGUGCCUGUUACAUUUUAUGUCUUUUUUUUUUCAGUCCCUAUUUCUUUUUUCCAAAGUAGGAAUUGAAACCGCACAAAGUAAUUUAAAUGAGAUGUUUUUAGCUCUGCCGACCCUUAUCAGCUCUGGGUGGUGCAAGUUUUAACAAGUAGUGUGAUGUCCCAGACUGUCCGGUUCUCAGGGGGCUCUCAUUGCACAUAAGCCUAUGAGUAAAAGUGGGCCUGCUGGGGAUGAAAGGGUAGAAAAAUUGGUUAAUUGAAUAAAAUGUAAAAAAUAAUUCAAUUUAGAACUGAAGUUCCCAUCAUCUUGGUGUGAAAUAUACUGAACUGAACUUUCAGGAUUUGCAGGUGGUAAAAAGAUUCUUGCAGUUGAAAAGUUCUGAAUUGCACUCUCCUUAUAAUAUAACAUAUACAUAUUUAUGCAUAUAUACAUAUACACAUACAUACUGUAUUGUUUCAACACAUAUAUGUGCUGAGUACUUGCGUCCUUUGGCUUUAAGUGGUACUCUACUUUGUUUAACUGCAGUUCAAUGUAAAGAACUCUUGUUGAUCAAGCUUCGAAGUCCAGUCAUUCUCUGGGUAGAAAAAGUCUAUAAUAGGAGCUCUGAGUGAUUUGGGUAUGGUACACUUGGAGUGAUGUAAAUUUGAUGAAUUUCUGCAAUAUAAAUCCCAAGUCCUGGUGAAGAUGAUUAUGUUCCUGAGCUAAUGCUGCAGCUCUAUAUUGCAGCUUCUGAAAAAAUGGUUAAGGAGAAAUGGGUGGCCCAAUGCUUUGUAAAUUAGUAAUAGUUACUUCCUAAGCAGAACAGCUGUACAAUGACUUUCCUACCUUGAUGUUAUAUUGCUUAAGCAUUGGCUGUAAUUCUAGCAACCAUCUGGUGGAUGACUGGGACAGGUUUUUUUGUCUCUGUUCUCGUUUUUUGACUGUUCUCAGAAAAAUAGUUGUAUUCAGACUGUAGCUUGCCUUUCUCCUGCAGUUAUGAAAUGGUUUUACUUUAUGCUGGUAGUGCAAAUAUUUUCUUGAGAUUAUAAUCUGCUUGACAGCACAGGGUACUGCUCAAAGUGGGGAGUGUGCAUUUGGUGUCGAUCAUCGCUCCUGUGGGUGAAUAUCAGAAGGCAGACUGGAGGUGUAUUUCAACAUCUUUGGCUCUGUUUAAAAAUGGGUUAAGCUGGUACCUAAUUUUUUGUGUAUUUCUGAUUUGUACCUUUUUUUUUUCUUUUUUUCUUUGCCAUCCCUCAAAAUCUGCUCUGUGUGGGGAGAGCAGGUAAGCAGCUGGUGUGCCUACAUUUUUUUCCUUAAGUGGCCUGCUGUUUUCCCAGUUUGCUUGGGGCAAGUGUUUGUCUUUCAAAGGGCUAUGGGAGUUACUUCUCUUCACUGACAAUGCAGCCAUUGGAGAUGGGCGAUGCUGACCCCGAAGUUGGCUUGAUGGGUGAGGGCGAGUAGAGGAGGAUGGGUUGGAGGCUGAGGCGUACCAGUUGUGAGUAAAUACUGCCACACUUUUUGUCUUUUAGUUUGUUUGUUUUUUUGUACAUGAAUUUUAAAAAAAAAAAAAGCAUAUUUUGCACUGGCUAUUGUACUGUUGUGCAGAAGAAAUCUGUAUCUAGAAUCUGUGCUCCAGUCAAAAUGCAAAUAAACCUGUUUGUAAGAA